CGCUUAGGUCCAGCCCUGCUGUGUCGUUUUCGCUCCGACAGUCCAGCGAUGCGGUGCGGCCUGGUGCCUGCACGAGGCUGGCGUCGUGCAGCCCUGGCGCAGCCGAUUCGACCCGAUCUCGGCUCCGUGCCGAGGUUGGCCAGCGCGCGCUCCGAGGCGAGCCGACUUGCCGAUUCGUUGGUGGCAGAUCCCGCUGGCAGCCUUUGUCAUUUUGCGCUCUCUGGGCCAGUUUUGGGCCCCAUGGCCACUCAUAUGCGUCGGGUCGGGCGGAUGGAGGGGAUCGGAUCGGCUGCAUGCAGCGGGGUUCGAUUCCGCCGCCAGGCGCUUUUCCAGAUACGCUGGCACCUCACGCGCCCAGGGGGCGCUGGGAAGAUCGGCUGCGUGAGCUGGUUCUCUGAUCCCGGGACGGAGAGCUGGCCCCCUCGGGGGGUGGACAAAACGCCUCGGGGGGGGGGCAUGUCUUGAAGCGGCUGGGGCCUGCGGGAGCUCGUGUGCAGGCGGCAACCCGUGGCGCGAGGACCCCGAUGCGGCGCUGGAGGAGGCCCGCAGGCGCACCAGCGCCCAGUGGGCCAUGCUGCAGGCCGAGGUGGACGCCGCGGGGGCCGAGGCGCCGCCAGGGUUGUUCUGCGAUCGCGCCGCGGACGUGCUCGCGGCGAGCGCACUGGACAGGCUGCGGCCCUUCACCGUCCCCGCGGAGUACACCGACAUCCCGCCCCUGAGGGGCGCCGAGGACGCCCUGAACGACCUGCUGGGCGCGGACAGCCGCCUCGCGGUCAACUUUUUGUCGCAGACGCAGAGGCCCAGCGGCGCGAGCCGGGCGUUCUGGCAGGCGGAGCUCUACUUGCGGAGCCUCCAGCCCGAGGUUGGCGCCGCCCCGGUCGAGGAGGCGGCCGAGGAGGCGCGGGAGAAGGUGGAGGCCGAGCCGGCCGAGCUGCAGCAGGCCCUGCGGGGCAGCACCCUGCUGGCGCGGCAGAACUACGUCCCCGGACCCCUCCGGCGCCGCGACGCCAUCUGGGUGGGCCCUAAAAUCGUCAGCGGCACCGUAACGGGUACUCACUGACGGGUACUUUGGGGAUGUGC